AAGCACCUCUAAAUUCCACGUAUUAGAAUUAUUUGUAGCAAGUUCAGUGUUUUAAUAUUUAAAACACUAUGCCAAGCGUUUUAUAAAUAUAUUAUUUAUUUUCUAAGUAUAAAGUUGGAAAACAGAGAAGUGUUAGCAAAGCGGUCCGUUGCGAUGAAUAUACCAGAACAUAGCCGUUUUGCCAUUUACGCCUUGGGCAUAUUUAUCAGCUACUUUCUGUAUGGAAUUGUUCAAGAGAAACUAACACGGGGCCGGUACGGUGACCAGUUGCAACCAGAUGGAAACACAGGUGAACGCUUCACAUAUACACUGGCCUUAGUCUGGGUACAAUGUGUCUGCAAUUAUCUAUUUGCCAAAGGCAUGCUCACUGUAAGGCCUCAGAAGGAGGACACUACACACACAGGAUAUUAUGCGGCCAGUUCGCUGACCUAUUUGUUGGCCAUGGUCUCAACAAACAUGGCGCUACGCUGGGUGCCAUAUCCUACAGCCGUGGUGGGCAAGUCCGCGAAGCCGAUUCCAGUUAUGAUUCUGGGCGUACUAAUUGGACGUAAAUCGUAUAGCUGGACGAGAUAUGCCUGUGUGCUGACCAUUGUGCUGGGCGUCAUAUUGUUCAUGUACAAAGAGAGCAAAAUCUCCAAUCUGCCGACAGAGACAACAGGCUUGGGUGAACUGCUACUCUUUCUCAGCUUAUCUAUGGAUGGGCUGACGGGAGCUAUUCAGGAGCGAAUGCGUGAUGCAAGUGCGCCAUCGGGACAGCAAAUGAUGUUGUCCAUGAAUUUCUGGAGCACCCUCAUGCUCGGCGUGGCCAUGCUUGUAACAGGUGAGGGCGUGGAGUUCAUACAAUUUGCAUUGCGUCACUCGGAGGUCUGCAUACAUUUGUUCAUGAUCGCGUUUUGCGGCGCUUUAGGCCAGUUAUUUAUCUUCUUGAUGGUUGCUAGUUUUGGACCGCUGGCCUGUUCGGUGGUCACAACUACACGGAAAUUCUUUACCGUCCUCUGCUCCGUUUUGCUAUUUGGCAACGUUUUGAUCGCUCGUCAAUGGUUUGGCGCUCUUUUGGUGUUUGCUGCUCUUUUUACGGACAUGUUGUAUGGAAAGAAGCAGAAUACCGCUACAAACAAGAAGUCACCGCCUGGCGAUGGCAAGCUGAAAGAGGAACAAAAAAAACUGACUUCAUAGAAUUUACUAUAAAUAAUGGCUUUAUUUUUGUCAUGCAAUACAAAUCACCUAUAAUUUUAAAUUAGCAUGUGCUGAAACACGUACAAAAGUAAAAGUUGUAUUAAG